AUGACACCACCGCAGGAGGCGUAUCUACAAAAGCAAACACGCAUGCUAGUAGACGCAGGAGUGCUACGACCGAUUCACCCAAGAGACGUCAAGUGCGUAUCGCCGAUCAAGUUAGCCCAGAAAGAGCACGAAAACGAAGGUCUAUCACAUGAGGAGCUAAAACAAGAGCUUAACGAGGCAUGCGAACGAGCAGGAAUGCCAAGGCCAUACGAGAUGGAGCACAAGGUAAGAACGAAAGGCGCUAAAGGGGGAAGCAGUCAGCAGGAACAGAAAUGGCGCAUCUGCCAGAACUUCCACGAGUUAAAGAAACUACUCAAAGUAGUACCAGUACCGCAAGGCAACAUACGAGACAAGCAAAGGCGCCUAGCCGGCCACAGAUACGUAUCAAUAUUCGACUUUGCAUCGGGGUUCUUUGCGCUACGGGUGGAUGAGGCAGCGCAACCAUACUUGGUGAUGUUCGUACCAGGAAUGGGGUACUUCGCGUACACGUAA